CAAGUACAAAUUUUGCUUUACUCUCUAUAUAACAUUAAUAAAUUUCUUUUUCUUUUCUCCAGUUUCUUCUUCGGCUCCUCCUAGACUUUCUCCUGUUCGCUUCUAGGGGAUAGGAGGUGAAAAUUUUAUAAAGAUCGGAUUUUUGUUGUGUCUUCAUCAAACAGGAAAAUUCAAUAUGGAGCAAAAUGAUACAGGCUGCCAAGCUCCUCAAGCUCCUGUCCUUUGUGUUAACAAUUGUGGGUUUUUCGGUACUGCAGCAACAAUGAACAUGUGCUCAAAGUGCUACAAGGAUAUGAUAUUCAAGCAAGAACAAGCAAACUUUGCUGCUUCAUCUAUUGAAAGCUUUGUGAAUGGAAGUUCAAGUGCUAGUGUGAAAGCUGUUGAUGUUGCUGUAACCGUGCAGGAAGGUCCUGCAGAGUCCCUGGUUAUACCCACACAAGUUGCGGCACCAGUAGAGAGUGUACAAGUUGAGAAGGCUAAGGAAGGGCCAAACAGGUGCAGCACCUGUAGGAGACGAGUUGGUUUGACCGGCUUCAAUUGCCGAUGUGGGAAUCUUUUCUGCUCAGCUCAUCGCUACUCAGACAAACAUGAAUGUCCAUAUGAUUAUCGCAAGGCUGGUCAAGAUGCUAUUGCGAAAGCCAACCCAGUUGUUAAGGCUGAAAAGCUUGACAAAAUAUGAAGGAACAUCCUGAGUUUAUGAGCUGCUGCUGUAUUAUUGAAGAUGUCUUCUAUACCCGUCUGGUGACUACUGUUUGGUGCCUAGGAUCUCGAGGGGGUCGAGAGAAAGAAUCAUAAGGCAUCUUUGCAACUUGAGGGGUUGUAAUGUUGGUAUGGAGUAAGAAAUGUUGUGGUUUCCAUCUUUAGUGCUUGUUUUGUGCUUGUGAUGGACAUUCUUUUGGUUUAUCUUUUCAUGCAGUAAUUCCAAUUUUAGUAACAUAAAAGUUGGUGUUCGCUAGUAUAAAAGCAGUGUUUCUUACUAUCAAAUCCUUUUCUUCAA